UCCCGCCUGCUGCGCGCCGCGCGGGCCCACGGCUGGAGCACGUGGAGCGUCGGGGCAGCAGAGAGGCGGCUCCAGCGCAGCCGGCGGAGACAUGGAAGAUAUAAAGCCAAGUGUGGAACUGAAAAGCACUCAGGAGCCGCCUGCGCCCACAGAAGGUCCAGUGGUUUCAAAUGACUAUGAUUUAACUAAACCUCAUGAAACAGAAAAUGUGGAUGGUGCGGAAGGGCCAGCCAAUGAGGAUGAAGUCAUGGGAGACAAUUCGAUGAAAGUGAAAGAUGAAUACAACGAAAGGGACGAGAAUGUUUUAAAGCCGGAGCCUAUGGGAAAUGCAGAAGAGCCUGAAAUUCCUUAUAACUACGCCAGGGAAUAUAACGAUUAUGACAACAUUAAACUGGAGAGGCACGUGGUGGCCUACGAGAGCGGCAGGCCGGCCAGCGGGAAGAUGAAUUGUGACGUGUGUGGGUUAUCCUGCAUCAGCUUCAACGUCCUCAUGGUGCACAAGCGGAGCCACACAGGUGAACGCCCAUUCCAGUGUAAUCAGUGUGGGGCAUCUUUUACUCAGAAAGGUAACCUCCUCCGCCACAUUAAACUGCACACAGGAGAGAAGCCUUUCAAGUGUCACCUCUGCAAUUACGCCUGCCAGAGAAGAGAUGCACUCACGGGUCACCUGAGGACACAUUCUGUGGAGAAACCCUAUAAGUGUGAGUUUUGCGGAAGGAGUUACAAGCAGAGAAGUUCCCUUGAGGAGCACAAGGAGCGCUGCCGGACGCUCCUCCAGAACGACCUGGGGGAGACGGCAAGUGCGGAGGCAAGACACAUCAAAGCAGAGAUGGGAAGUGAAAGAGCUCUCGUCCUGGACAGAUUAGCAAGCAAUGUGGCCAAACGAAAAAGCUCAAUGCCUCAAAAAUUCAUUGGUGAGAAGCGCCCCUGCUUUGACUACAACUCCAGCUACGCGUACGAGAAGGAGAGUGAGCUCAUCCAGACGCGGAUGAUGGACCAGGCCAUCAACAGCGCCAUCAGCUACCUGGGGGCCGAAGCCCUGCGCCCUCUGGUGCAGACCCCUCCCGCCGCCACCCCUGAGAUGGUGCCCGUUAUCAGCAGCAUGUACCCGCUGGCCCUCACCCAGGCCGAGAUGCCCAACGGCACCCCCCAGGAGCUGGAGAAGAAGCACGUCCACCUGCCAGAGAAGAGCCUGGCUGCCGAGCGAGGCCCCUCCCCCAACCACAGCGGCCACGACUCCACGGACACCGACAGCAACCACGAAGAGCGCCCGCACCCCCUCUACCAGCACAGCCCCAUGGUCCCCGCGAGGGCGCGCAACGGCAUGGCCCUGCUGAAGGAGGCCCCCCGCUCCUACGAACUCCUCAAGCCCCCACCCGUCUGCCCCAGAGACCCCAUCAGAGUGAUCAACAAAGAGGGCGAGGUGCUGGACGUGUACCGCUGCGACCACUGCCGCGUGCUCUUCCUGGAUUGCGUCAUGUUCACCAUCCACAUGGGCUGCCACGGCUUCCGCGACCCCUUCGAGUGUAACAUCUGUGGCUACCGGAGCCACGAUCGCUACGAGUUCUCCUCUCACAUCACCAGAGGGGAGCACCGAGUCGCACUGAAGUGAGUGCACCUCGGCUCCCCCGCCCUCCACGCCCGCUUAGACGCGUCCUUGUGAGAACCCGAGAAGCCCAGCGAACUAAGCACCACCAGACAACAGCUCCGUCCAGACCCCUCUUUCCACACCGUCGCAGCCCCCGCAGGGCCAGGCUCCCUCAGUCUCUGUUUGCCAACACACCGUGUGACUACCACGUGACGUCUCGGUCCCCAGCCUCUGAGGGACUUCCGUUCAUGAGAUUUAGAUGCCACUGAAGUGUUUGCUGCAAUAGAAACAGUGUCUCGUGCUGCAAGAGAAACAGGCAUUCCUGGGAGUUUGGGGGUCCGGCUCUGCGUGAGACUUUCUCUGAGAUAUGGCAACCCCCCCAAAAAAAACCCCAGCUUUUUGUCCAGGUCCAGAGAGGAGAGCUGACCUCACGGGACGGACGUCCCUCCCUGCACUUGACACGGACUGUGUCCCCAGGACAGUCUCGUAAUAAACACCAGAAAAACAGUCACCCCUUCCAGAGAGCUGGAGAAAAGAUGCCCGCGUCAGAUCCAUUUCUCGCCACACAAGCAGAAGGGGGAAAAAGCCAAGUCGCCAGAUGUUCCUUCUGCCUCCAUCCCUCCCCGCUCCAGCAGACCUGCUCUGGGUCAGCCCGGGAGCCUGACAGCCCCGAGCCAGGAGUCCAGAGCUCCCCCGCCCCCCGGCUCCACCAAAACUGCUUUGAAAGCUGCUUUGAGUUCAACCCCUCUCCCCCAGGAGUGAGCCCACAGCAGAAGCUCGACGGUUUUAGGAACUGAAAUCCAGGGUAUUGUCCGCCAUGGCCAUUAGCAUCCUUUUCUGCUGCCAGACUCUGACCAGGGCCAGCACUGUCCCCCCUGCUCUUGGUCCCCUCCAAGGACUCUUCCCGCAUAGACCCCAACAGACUCGCCUCCAUGUGUUGAACCUCCAAAUACCAAAGAACGUAAAAAGUAUGAGUGAGGGGCCCAAGAGCUAGU